AUGGGAAGCUUCAACGACUCCAUUGCUGUGGGGCGUGUCCUUUACGCCGGGAACUUUCCGAUUGUCCCCCAGGACGAGUCCUGGAUUCCAGCUAAAACCGACCCUGUCAAGCUCUCCAUCAUCCCGAUCGACGGUAUUCACAUCUUCAUUGGCGAGACCGUCGAUUCCGAUGGAAACGCCAUGCCUUUCUUUUCACCUCUGUUCCUUCUCUCAAGAGCUCCGGGCGCCAUGGGCAAGAAGAAGAGCGCCAGCGCCUCAGGCGCAACCAAGGUUAGCCGCGAUUGGGGCGCCUCCACCAUUUCCAACCGCGAAGUGAACAAGCUGCGCACCCUCGGCCUCAUCUCCCCGUCCGACGACGACAUUCGUCUUCCAGAGGAUGAUGAUGAUGACUCUGAGGAGACUGAGGAUACCCAGCAUAUUCUUGAGGACAACGACGUCCAGGAGGACGAAGCUCCCGAGGAUGAUGCUCUCACCAGGAGCAGGCGGUGUAAGAGGAUAAACGAGGACCUUAUCACAACGGCUGAAGCAAGUCCUAGCGGGCAAGAUAAUGACGCCGAUGAAACCGCAUCGCCUCCCCCUGCUGUGAAAAGUUCGACAGGCAUUUUCGCUGUCGAAGAUGACCUGGACCUCUCUGAUGAUGACGACGAUGUUCCUCUUGCAAAGAGGGCUAAGUUAUUCUCUGGGAAGUCUGAGUCAGCCAAGGAGUCAAACCCUUCGCCUGCCAAACCAACGUCGCCCUCAAGGACGGUCGUGGAAAAGAUUCCGGUGUCGAAGGUUAUCCCUUCUGGAAACACUCCCGUUCCAUCGGCUGCUCGCGACCAUCCGAUUUACGCCACAGUUGACGCUGUGGCAGAUUUUGCUGAUCAAUUCGUUCGUCUGGAGUCUGAAAAUGCUCAUCUUCGGAAGACCAUCAAGACUUCGGCUGACCAAGUGCUGGAGGCCAACAAGCUUGCAGCCGAUGCUCAAAAUGAAAACAUCUUGCUGAAGGAUGAACUGAAGAAACUGAAGCAAAAAAUGAAGGAUGAACAAGAUGCUAGACGCGAGGCCGCAGUCGCAGCCGAUGAAAAAUAA